GCCACCUGUCAGUGUCCAUCAGUGCCAGCUGUCAGUGCUCAUCCAUGCCACCUGCCAGUGCCCAUCAGUGCCACAUCAAUGCCACACUUCAGUGCCUACCAGUGCACAUAAGUGCCACAUAUCAGUGUUCAUCUGAGCUGCCUUUCAGUGUCACCCAUCAGUGCCAGUCAGUGCCACCUAGUAAUGCCAGUCAGUGCCACCUUUCAUUGCUGCCAAUCAUUGCCACCUAUCAGUUGCCCAUCAGUGCCACCUAUCAGUGCCCAUCACUGCAGCCUCAUUAGCGCACAUCAGUGAAGCAGAAAAAUCACUUAUUUACAAAAUUUUAUAA